AUGGCUGCCAAGCGCGUUUGUCUGGCAUACUCUGGCGGUUUGGAUACUUCUGUUAUCCUGGCCUGGCUCAUUGAGAAGGGCUAUACUGUUGUUGCGUUCCUAGCAGAUGUGGGACAAAAUGAGGACUACGACGCUGUCAAAGCGAAGGCUGAGAAGAUCGGUGCCGAACGCAUGAUCAUCCAGAAUCUUCAGCAGGAGCUAGUCGAGGAACUUGUUUGGCCAGCAGUGCAAUGCAACGCGAUAUACGAAGACGCUUACCUCUUGGGGACAUCGUUGGCCAGGCCUGUCAUCGCGAGGGCGAUGAUGAAAGUGGCUAAGCAGUACAACUGUGAAUUCUUGAGUCAUGGAUGUGUCCGGAUGUCAAUGUCGCAUACUCACCCUCUUAUCAGCCAGGUCAGAUUCGAGAUGGCCUGGAGGGCUCUCGAUCAGAAGACAAAGACAAUCAUCCCGUGGCGCAUAUCCGAGUUUUGCGAGCGAUUCGCCGGGCGUCAAGCACUCUUGGACUUUGCUGAAUCAAAGGGCGUUCCUGUGACGUCGACUAAGCAGAAGCCGUUCUCGAUGGAUGCCAACCUUAUCCAUUGCUCUUACGAGGCAGGUCUACUCGAGCAACCCGAGCUCGAGCCGCCAGCCGACAUGUGGACAAUGACCGUGGAUCCCAUGAAGGCUCCUGACGAGCCAACGAGGUUCACUGUCCACUUCGAGAAGGGCAUCCCAAUCAAGCUUGAGGUCGGUGACAAGGCCGUCACUGGCUCUCUGGACAUUUUUAAGGCCGCUAACGAAAUUGGCCGAGCUAAUGGGGUUGGUCGUGUGGACAUUGUCGAAUCAAGGUUCAUUGGUCUCAAGAGCCGUGGCUGUUACGACACCCCCGGCUUGACGAUCCUGCGCACCGCUCAUCGAGAUCUCGAGGGCCUCGUCAUGGACUCCAAGGUCCGUGCCAUCCGUGACCAGAUGGUCACCUCGAACUGGACCGCCUGUCUCUACAAUGGCAUGUACUUCAGCCCAGAGCGAGAGUUUCUCCAUAACUCCAUCAUCUUUAGCCAGAGGCACGUCGAGGGCAAGGUCAAUAUGGUUGCCUAUAAAGGCAGCGCAUUCGUUGUCGGACGCUCCAGCGAGACCUCGAACCUUUACUCCGAGACUGAGUCGUCCAUGGAUACGCUCGAGGGCUUCUCCCCAAUGGACACGAGCGGCUUCAUUGCUAUUCAGGCUAUCCGUCUGGAGAAGUAUGGUGCCCGCAAGAUUAGAGACGGCGAGCCUCUUGCCCCUGUCUAA